CAUUUCAGCUGUGGCUGUCAACGGGAACCUAUCUCACCCAGAACAAAAAAAAUUAGACAACACACAGAGAGAAAACAACCUUGCAGUCAGGAGUUGUCGUGUUGGUUGAUAAUUGUCUAGUUUACUGAUCAUUUGGGACCACGUGGGACUAUAGAGUCUUGGCAGCAUGUCAACAACUAUGAAGAGUCUCUUCUAAAGCUCUUUCUGUGACCUCCCUGGACUAAAGUCUACUAAACCUGAAGCAGCUCUGGAAUGUGUCUGAAACUCUUCACCUGCACUGGACAGCUUUCUUUUACAAACAAGAGAUACAUCUUUCCAAAAACGACAGGUGAAUUUCUAACCAGCAAAGUGACAGAAAAUCUAAAAGGAAAAUGAACAGCACAGGCAACUUCACAGAGUGUGUUGAAAUUAACGCAAGUGCCGUCAGUGACCUCUUGAUGUCUGUUUACAUCUUGGUUUUUAUUCUCGGUUUGAUCUUCAAUGUGCUGACCCUGGGCCCCAUAAUUCAACAAGUGAGGCGGAAAAACAUUCUGGGAAUCUACCUGCUCAGCCUGUCUGUCUCUGACAUGCUUUUCCUCUUCACUCUGCCCCUUUGGAUCAAUUAUUACCGGCAGGACCACCAUUGGCGGCUGGGUGUUGGGUCCUGCAGUGUAGCUGGUUUUUUCUACUACUCCAACAUGUAUAUCAGCAUCUUCCUGCUCUGCUGUAUCUCCGUGGACCGCUGCCUGGUUGUCAGUUUCCCACUGCACUUCAAGACCAAGCGCACACCUCGCUACGCUUGGGUGCAAUGUGCCAUUGUUUAUGCUGUAGUGGUGGUGCUGCACAUCUUGGUGCUGUACUAUGACAAUCUCACAGAUGCCCAUGAUGACAAGAAAAACAAUGACCGUUGUUAUGAGACUUUCCCCAUGGAGCGGAACAUCGCCAUGUUUAAUAUGAUCAGAGUGGGUAUCGGCUUCUUCCUACCACUGCUAGUGUUGACGGUGAGCUACUGGAGGGUGCUUGCCACUGUGGGCCAAAGCCCUGGCCUGAGCGCUCAGGCUAAGAAGAAGGUCCGUCUACUCUCCUACGGGGUGAUUGGGAUCUUCUCAGUUUGCUUCGCUCCAUAUCACGUUCUCUUGCUUAUCCGUUCACUAGUCUACUACUACUACAACAACGAGAAGGAACCAACUCCUCAAGGACCUUACUGCCAGUUUGAACAAAGCACGCACUUCUUCUUCUCAUGCACGCUGGCGCUCUCCAGUCUGAACUGUGUGGUGGACCCAGUGCUGUAUGUGCUGGUCAGUAACAUAGUCCAGGAGAAAGUGAAACUGUGCUGGAGAAAGCAAAGACAGAUAAGGACGGAGGACUAUGCUCUAACUGCAGACAACAGAGGAAAGCCUAGUUCCAAUUUAAUAUAGAAACAUGAGUUGUAUUUAUGUGCAUGUUCUUAUGUGUCUUUGCAUGCAUAUACAUUAUUACGCAUAAUGAUAGUGCUUUUUCAACACCAAUCUUCAUCUCCAAAGUUAACCAGUCAGUGGAAGGGUUAUUAUACUCCAUAAUCAAGCCUUUGUGUCUUCCUUCCUGUCUAUACAAUAAUAGCAUGAUUGGGUGACCCUGACAUAGUGAAAUGUGCAUUAACUCUAAAGCAUGCUACAGAAAGCUUUUAUUAGCAUGCUUGCCUGUCUUCAGUGUGAGAAUGUCAGUGAAAGAGGUGAAACAGUGGUGAACAGGAAGCCAAGUUAACAAGUGGUUUGAACAGAUGCUCUGGUUGUAGGUGGUGUUUAAAUAACAGGAAAUCUGCGAUGGUCACAUUUUGCAUGUGACACUUAGAGUGAGAGGAGGGCUUAAGACAUGAUAAGCCUGUGCAUCCAAAUACCUGGCUGUUACCUUAACACAUAAAGGCGAUUAAUUGUGAAGUCAACACAGCUGUGUGAUGCAUAUCUGGCAGGUACACGAAGAGAACAACCAGGAGGCCUGUGUAUAUGUGUGUGUGUGUGUGUGUGUGUGUGUGUGUGUGUGUGUGUGUGUGUGUGUGUGUGUGUGUGUGUGUGUGUGUGUGUGUGUGUGUGUGUGUGUGAGAGAGAGAGAGAGAGAGAGAGAGAGAGAGAAAGGAUUAACAUAUUCUGAUAUUGUAAAUACAUGCAAACGCUCUGUAAAUCUACUGUACAGACAUGAAAAGAAAGAAAGAAAGAAAGAAAGGAUGGAGACAGUGAACCAACAUCAGUAUUUACUCUAUUAUUCCUCAAUAGAGCUCUUUGCAGUGCUCAUCGAUAUAUCACCAGCUGUGUACUUGUCCUGAAGCUAUCCAGUAUGGACCCUGAGGUUGUCCUGGCUUGUACAACCACCUCUCUUUUUUCCCCCAACGUCUAUACUGCCCAGUCUCGAAAUCGAGUCUCUUAACUCUCUACAUAACUAAAGUACUUGAGUGUUACAUGUAAUGCGCUUUAAUGGAAAUGUACUUGCUGCCUGUGCUAUGUCCACUGGCAACAUUUGUUUUUCCAGAACAUGAUGAGCAAAUGUGGCAGGGAAACAAGUGAAAUGUACUGGGAGUUUUGCCGAUAUGUUUGGUAUGAAAACAUUGUGACUUUGCAGAUACUUCAUUAAAAUUUUCCCUUUUUAAAUUAA